UCUAGAUCAAUCUACUCUUUCACGAAUUAAUUUCUUUCUCCAUGGCCCAAGUUGCUUUCUGUGGAUACCGAGGGUAGGCUACCUGACGCAACCACCAGCGCAAUGUCACCAAGCGGAGAAUAUUUCGUACCCACAUGCUUGACACUCUAUUUGGGGACGAUGCGCCUGUGUCGUAGGACACGCACCACCACGCCUCGACUGUCCGGCCCAUGCCUAGUACUAGUGAGUGCCGUGUUUCAGUUUCAGGCAGUACACAGUGGGGAGCGAUAGGUGACAGGCAGGAGUCUGCACUGCAUUGCACUGCAUGGUCACUGUAUCGCUGUAACGCUGAGGUGGUAGGUUGUCUGAAGAAGCUGGCAGCGUGGGGAGAAAGAACAAGCGAACCCUGGAUUGCUUUUUAGUGAAGGGCUCUCCUGCAGAGGGCGCUAAGGGUUUUGAAGGUGUUCACAGAGGGCCGCUCAUCAACCGUCCUCGCACGGUCUCUGCGGUGAGAGUGACUCCAUUGCCCAGCAUGAAGAGCUCCCCUGAGUUAGUCUCGUCAGAGCUAGACCCCACCCGAGUGUGCAAAGGCAAGGGGGCGGUCACCCUGCGCGCCACUCUGGUACAGAUCAGUGAUGAUGACAGCCUUAGCCAAGAGUCUCCUGGGGACCCAGCCAAACGUGGCUGGCUGGGCGAGGUGAACGGCAACAUCUCCGAAAGCGGAUCGACAGAGGACGGCCUCAACACUCUGCUGCCUGAUUCACCCCAGCACCCGGACAUCGCGCCAUUCGAGGCCGAGACACCCUUAAGCAGAGAGGAGAGACUGCAGGAGCAAGCACAACCGGAGCAGGCACAGGAGGUGGUGGCAUCGGAGGAGUUGGCACCACAGGAGGUGGUGGUACAGAAGGGGGUGACACGACAGGAGGUGGUGCUGCAGGAGCAGGCACAGGAGGAGGUGGCACAGGAGGAGGUGGCGGAGGUGGCACCACGAGGGCCCACGCCAGAGCCUCCCUCAUCCAUCUCCCCAGCCCCACCGGCUGCAGCACCUCCCCAGCUGCAGCCCCCCUCCGGCUACCACCCCCCGUCCAGCUACCCCUCCACCACCGCCGUCAACCCCACCAUCGUCCUGCUGCAGCAUAACCGAGAACAGCAAAGACAUCAGUAUGAUGUGGAAGAUCCGACGGCAGAGAGAGAGUAUCCAGUGGGCCCCCCCCACCACUACGCCCAGCCCCCAGUGGGGGCCCCCCACCCCUACGCCCAGCCCCCCCACGAUAUGGAUGACAGGCGGCCUCCAUCCAGGACAAGCCAACAGCGACACCCGUCAGAGCAGCCCAGGCCCCCCGUCAGGAAUACAGAGAAGUCAAAGGACUGGUACAAGAACAUGUUCAAGCAGAUCCAUCGUCUUCCGGAGCCUGUGGAGGAGAACCCCUAUCGCCCCACAUAUGUUUUCCCAGAAUGCAAUGAGAGUGCGCUGAGAUACCGAGAUGACGGGCCUUCCUACAUAUAUGUGGAAGAAGAGAGGAGCGCCCCUGUCCCUCAGGCGGACGCCGCGCCCCCAGCCCAGCUCCCCGUGCCAACCAGAACCUCCUCCCUCAAGCCCGCCACUGCAAGAAAUGACUGGGAGCCCCCUGACAAGAAGGUGGAUACCAGGAAGUAUCGUGCCGAGCCAAAGAGCAUCUUCGAGUAUGAGCCGGGGAAGUCAUCGGUGCUGAGGCGGGAGAGAACGGACAUACCUGUAAGCCCGGAUGAUGUAGAUUUAGAGAAUGAGCCUUGGUAUAGAUUCUUUUCAGAGAUGGAGUUUGGAAAAAGAGCGAGCGCCCCCACUUUCACCCCCUUGGAGACAUCUUCCGAUCUACAGCAAUACUCCUCUUGUAAGGGCGGCGAGGGGGAGAAGGAGGGCGGGUCCAGUUCGAGCGACCCGGCCGCCCCAGAAUGCGACCGCCACAUCUACAAGAGCGUCCUGGAGGGCGGAGACAUCCCCCUGCAGGGCCUCAGGGCCCUCAACAAGCGCCACCCCAGCACCUCCUCCAAAGGUGGGAAUGGCAAUAUAAUUUCACCCUGCACCUCUGUAAAUAGUCGAUCGGCCCUUGCCACUUGUGCGCCAGGCCACCAGCACUCUAAGGGCAAGAAGCCCCUCUCGGCUGCCAAAGUCUGCAUCCCACAAAUACUGCCCUCCAAGUUCAAACCCAAACUUCUGCCCCCUACUGGCAGCCAGUGCCAGGACAGGACUCACACGCGCACACGCACACGUACACGCACCCGCACUCGCAGGUCCCGAAAGACACCUGUGCCCCACCAGGACCAGACGACACAGCACAGGCUUGCCAACGGGGGUGUAGACACUGAGGAAGAGGAGGAGGAGGAGAGGGAGGAGGAGGACGACGACGAGGAGGAGGAGGAGGAAGAGGAGGCGUAUGCCAGGAGGAAUGGCGGAGGUGGCGAGGAGGUGAAGCUAAACGGACUGCCCGAGAGCGGAGAGGAUUACCGGGACGAGGCCGUGCAGGCCGCCACCCGCAGGAGCGUGCAGGAGUUCUCCUCGCUCUACCGCAACAUGCACCAGAUCUCGCGGCCCUCCUCGCUGGGCAGCAGCCCCCAGGGCAGCGUCCGCAGCCUGGCCUCGCUCUUCGAGAAGUCGGGCGACUCGGCCGAUGACGACGGAGGCCGCGGGGCAAUCUCCACGCUGACACGCGGCGGCGCCGUGUCCUACCGCGUGACGGAGUUCGAGCAGAUCAUCCAGCGCUCGGCUCCGACCUCCGUGCCCAUGCGCUCGGCCUCGCUCCCCACGCUCCACAGCAGCGGAGCCUCCCACCAACAGAGCCCCUCCCACGCCCCCCACGUGCCCCUCGCGUGCUACCUCCCCUCCGCCAUCUCCGCAGAGUCCCUGGUGGUCAACUGCGACUCCCAGACCGACUCCUCCUUCUCGCACAACCCCCCGCCGGAGCAGGUCGAGGCCAUGAGGCGGGUGAGGGAGGUCAUGGACAUUGACGACGACACCUCUUGGCUGUCGGAAACGGACGGGGUGCACGGCCUGUCCUGUUUCGAGCGACGCACCGUCGCCUUAGACGUGGCUGGCGGUGUUGGUGGCGGUGGCGGUGGCGGUGGCGGUGGUGGCGGUGGAAAAGGCCAUCAUUCAGAUUCUGAUGACACAGAUGCGGACGCGGACAGCGCGUCCAUGGAGGAGGCUCCUCCUCCCCCCGCUCCCGCCGUCGAGACCCUGCCAGUGCCCUCGCGCAAGGCGGUGGUGGUACCGCGAUCACUCUCCCUGCCGAGCCCCAGCCCCAGCCCCAGCCCCAGCCCCCAGCCAAACCACAACCACAACCUCAAUCUCAACCAAGACCACCACCAUCACCAACACUUCCACAACAACAGUCCCAACCACCACCACAACAACCACCACCACCAACACCACCAUCACGACCACAGCCCAAACCACCGCAGCCCCAGCCCCCAGCCCCUCAGCCUGUCCCCGAUGCACCACCUUAAGGCCAACAAGUGCAAAGGCUCCUGCCCGGCCUCCUACACGCGUUUUACCACCAUCCUGCGGCACGAGAGGCAGCAGGCCAGCAGCGGUGGCAGCGGUGGCGGCGGUGGCGGCACUACCCACACCAACUCCUCACCCCAGCAGCAGCAGCAGCAGCCGCCCCCCUCCUCCACCUCCACCUCCGCCGCCCCCUCCAGCAAGCUGCCCUCCCCCCUGGACCACAGGCCGCAGCCGGCCACCAACCUCUUCCUCAUGGGGCCCGCGCCCUUCCGCGUACGCAGUCGCCUGCAGCAGCAGCAGCAGCAGCUGAAGGGCAGGAGGAGCGGAGCGCUGUCGGCCACCAAGCCAGCAGCCGCAGCAGGAGCAGGGGAGACGCAUCCUCCCUGUCCCCAUCCCCGACCCCUCAUCCCCCAGCGCCUCUCCUCCCUGGCGGUGGAAAGGAGGCUGGGUAACGGGGAGGAGGGAGAGUCCCCCACGCCCACGCCGGAGGAGGAGGGCGGAGGAGAGGGGGGAGAGGAGGAGGGUGCCGCCAACGGCAACGGUGAACUUGAUAAUGGGAAGAGCUUGGAUGGCAACCGGAACCAGGCGGCACCAGAGACGACGGCUACGACUCCUGCUGAGCAGCGGAGGAGGAGGAGAGGUGGCUAUCUGUGUCCUCAGGGGCCAUGUUCAUAUCAGGGGACACAUGUGGUCUGGCCUGGCCUGGCCCUCCUGCCAUGCUCUCAUCACACUCUCUCUCUCUCAUACCUCUGCUCUGCUCUGUCUAUCUCACCCGCCCUUAUACACAGCACGAACAUGCAUUACACAGUACAGACACACACACACACACAGACAACAAGUGCACACAUACACUUAUGCAUGGACACACACACACACAGAUGCCGCCCGGGCGGCCUGUCCCAUCUCUCCUUAACCCCCCACCACCCCACCCCCCACCCUGUUCUUCAUGACUCAGACUCGUCUCUCCCAGCCAGUAGGACGGAGCUCGGAGACAACCCAGAGGAGGUGACACGGCGAAAACAUGGAGACAAAGAAAAGAUUCUGGAAGAGCAGCGGAGGCUGAGGCGUGAGCAGGAGGAGGCUGAUAUCGCCUCGCGCCGCCACGCGGGCAUCGUGCUCACCAACCACCAGUUCAUCACCAACGAGCGCUUCGGAGACCUGCUCACCAUCAACGACAGCGACAAGAGGAAAUCCGGCCCAGAGAGAACCCCAGCACUGGCCAAGUUUGACUUCAAAGCAGAAACACUAAAGGAGCUCCCGUUUCAGAAAGGAGACAUCGUAUACAUCUACCGGCAGGUGGAUCAGAACUGGUAUGAGGGGGAACACCACGGCAGAGUUGGCAUAUUCCCCAGGAGCUAUGUCGAGCUUUUGCCCCCUACAGAGAAGGCCCAGCCAAAGAAGAGUGCCCCAGUACAGGUGUUGGAGUAUGGAGAGGCCAUGGCACGCUUCAACUUCAACGGAGACACUCCUGUCGAGAUGUCCUUCAGAAAGGGGGAGCGCAUCAUCCUGAUCCGCAGGGUGGAUGAGAACUGGUACGAGGGCAAGAUCGCCGGUACCAACCGGCAGGGCAUCUUCCCCGUCACCUACGUGGAGGUCGUGAGAAGGCCCCGCGUCAAGAACGGAAUGGACUACCCCGACCCCCCCGUCAGCUACUCGCCACACCGCAGCACCAACGCCUCUCCACAGCCGAUCCGUGCCCGUCCUGCCACGGCGUCCCUCCCCCUGCCGCCGCGCUCCCCCGCGCGCUCCAUCUCCCCCGAGGUCCAGUCCAUCUCGGCCGAGUGGAUCUCCCUCACCAUGGGCGCCGCCACCCCGCCCUCGGCGCCCACCCCUCCCCUCCCCCCUCUCCCCUCCACCACCUACCGCUGGGGCGAGUACCUGCCGCCCCCCAACUCCGGCAGCCCCGUGCCCACCUGCGGCCCCCCGGUGCCCCCCAUCACCGGCAGCCCGUACUGCAUCUCUCCCCUGGGCACCCCCUCCGCCUCCCCGCUGCCCCCGCCGUACCCGCCUCGCCCCAGCUCCGCCACCCCCUUCCUCACCUUCACCCCGCCCCAGGGGGAGGACUUCCUCCUCUCCCCGCCCUCCCCCCGCCUCUCGCGGAGCCUGAGUCCGUGCGGCGGGGCGGGGCUGGAGGGCUGGCUGACGGGGGUCACCCCCCUAGAGAGGGAGCUGCAGGAUCGGGAAGGGGGCAGCCGCUCCGUGAUGGGGGAGCGGGCCGGGGGGUGCAGCUGGGCCAACAGCCCUGCAGAGCCUUUGAAAAGCGAGGGUGAUUACCAUGGCCGCUCGUCCAGAAGCCCGGUCAUGCUGUUUGACAUCCAGGACAGCAACAUGAACGCAAACUCCUUCACGGAGGCAGUGUGUAAUGAGAUCAUGAAUAUAGCCGAGACCUCGGUGCGGUACUGCAGCACGCUGUCUCGGCCGCUUGACUCUCGGCACAGGCUGCCGCCCCACCCCAGUAAACACUCUCUCAUCGUUUCCCAGCAACCGCAGUCGCACAGCAGCAGCCCCGAACCCGGACGACUCAGCUGCGGGAUCCACCAGGCGCUGUACAGCUACGUGCCACAGAACGAGGAUGAGCUGGAGCUGCAGGAAGGAGACCUCGUCAAUGUCAUGGAGAAGUGCGAUGACGGCUGGUUCGUUGGUACCUCCAAGAGGACAAAACAGUUUGGCACUUUUCCUGGGAACUACGUGAAGGCCGUCAAUGUGUAAAGUGUAUAGUUGUAUAGCCUACCUGAGGCAACUCUAGAAAUAUACCAUGAAUGCCUGUCAAGUUUGGGAUGUGAUGAUUACCAACACGCUUGAGUUCAUGUUUUUUUUUGCUUUCUUCUACUCAUGUUUUAUUUCACUGUACUUUACUUUAUUUUUGUUCCCAUAUCUUGAGGAUUGUUUACUAGACAGGAGAAUAUAAAUUUCUGCGUAUGUGAUCAGUAAGGUCUGAGGCACGUCAGAUGAGUAAACUCUGGAGUCUAUUGUCACAUUCAAAUGCAUGGCACAUAUUUCUCCAUAUCGGCCCCAAAGUUUAUCAUUUAUUGCUUAUAUUUAACAUUUUCUGCUAAAUCAAGCACAUUAAAUACGUCAUUAAGCUCAGCUAAUUUAUGGAUCUGCUGUGCUGACACUGUCCCAGAAACAGCAUUCUGUUUCCCAGCAAAAUCCCUCGUUGUCAGUCCAUUCAUCACAAUAGAUACUGAUCAUGCUCGCAGUAUCACCAGUUAUUGAAGCCGAUUACUCGUGAUGUUCUCGCUAGCCGCUAGGCAUCCCCUUCCUGCGUUUGCAGUCUGAAAAUAGACUCCAGUAAAUCAAGUGGGGGGUGUUGAAAUGGAACAUUUUAACCCUAAACAGCCAGAGCGAAAUUCAUGAUGUACUUCAACACCCUUACUGUAUUGCAUACCUGGCUCAAUCACGUUAUAUUCUAACAACUAGCUUCAUGGAAUAGUGUGUUUUUUUAAAUCAUUUCUAAAUGCCCCCUUACGUCACACCUCUGCAGCGUAUGUUUGUGUACAACAGCAGCCUUGCCAUAUGUUUGAGGAUGUGUCAGUAGAUCUUGAAGUAUGUCUUGGGCACAGGAGGGAGUAGUUGGGAAGGCCUUGUGUGGCAACAUAGUGGAAAGCAUUGAGUGGAGUGGUCAACGCCACAACAAGAGAGAGAUCCAUGAUGUCAGCUCACAGUGUCACGUGUGAGAGUUCAACCGUUCGUUUUUUUAAGUUGUUUAUUUCAUGCUCUUUUUGUUUUUUUUUGCAAGACAGCUGCUUUGGUCAUUUAGGCAGGUGUCCCAACAACAGCGAUAGCUAACUCCCAUCCCAUCCCAGCACACACACACACUCUCAUCCCAUCCAACAUCAAAGGAAUUGCUAUUAAUGUAAUCCACCCCCAUGACGUGGGAGAAUUUAUAAUGUAUUUCCAAAGGAAAAGCUGUUGGAGGCUGUUGGAGGGUAGAGGCAGGCUCCCCCAGCACACCCCCCCCCCUUCCCAUGUGAUGGCACAUACUUGCAGGGCUGGACUGGCCAGAUGGCAUAGCGGGCAUUUCCCGGUGGGCCCUGGACCCUCGUGGGCCCCUAUUUUCAGAAAUGUAAAACAAAAUCUACAUUUCUGAAAAAAGUGAGUCAGUUCUGCACAGCUAAUUAUGGGGUGGGGGGAGGGGGGCUCUUAGCCAAAAGUGCCCGGGCCCUAUCUCUCCCCCAGGCCAACCCUGCAUACUUGAUGGCCCUCCAAGCAGGCCCUAUUCCACGGCUUUGAAUUUCAAAACUGAAUGACCUCAAGGUGAACCUUGCUGACUUAAAUGAACCACACACAGACUCUUCUCAGAGAGCCAACCACGUUUUAAAUAGUCAUGAUUUUCUCAUGUCAUUCGAGGUGUGUGAGAAAAUUAGAAAACAAAAACAUCCACAAGUAUAGUAACAAAACAUAAAACUAAGUAUGGAUUUGGUUAGAUCAGAACAAAACGUAAAGAUAUCACAACGUAAAUCAAUAGAAAUACCUCAGACCGGACCUCUGAAAUUCCCUGAUGGCAGUUUAAUGCAUGACCUUUGUCAGCUGCACAACAUAGUCAUGCAGACGAGCAGCACUUCACUAGUCCCACUGUGCCUGAAAUGAAUGAGAACAUUCAUUCCCUUACUAUCUUAAUAUCAGCCUACACACAGCAUCCACAUCGCUCCAGGCAUACAACAAGGACACUGGCCACUUGGUAGCUUACUUGAGGCAUGUUAUACAAUGUAGCGUGCUGUAGAUAGUGGUAUCUGAAGAGUAGGUCUAUUACUCCAUCAAGGUAGGACACUAGUGCUCCACUGGCAAACCAGUGCCCUACUAUGAGUACACUCAAUGAAAGUAUAACAUUGCCACUUCAGUUAGGGUAGCUGUGGCAUAGGCUACUAUUAGCUUGUAGGGUUGUGUACCUCAAGUCUACUGUACCUUUCUGCUAAAAUGGCUAUGUUUGUACUCAGUUCACACUUAAGUUUAUCAAAAAUAUUUGUCCCAUUCAUUCGUUGUAGCACUACACUGUGUUUUGGAGUGUCAUGGUAUUCUGAUAGAUUUUCUUCAGCGUAUAGGCUGGUAGUAAUAUUUGAAUUGAUUCCCACCAAUGCAUUGACAAGUUUCUUACAUGCUGAUUCACUGCAUAGUAGCCUAUCAUCCAGAAAACUUUUCAUUUGAUGAUGCUGUAAUUUGAAUUAUAGUGAUGAGAAUAACAAUAUGAUUGUUGAUAUUGUUAAUUUUAUUAUCACAAUACACAGUUGAUCAGUAGGAGAGCCAGUAAAUGCGGUGGGGAAGAGGCUGACACUGAUCAGGGAUGCAUUUUUGGAAAGCGUAGUUGUUAGCAGUUAGCAACUUCGGUAGUUGCCAAUAGGAAAUUGCAUUGCAACCAACAAAGUAACUGACAUAGUUAGCAACUACGCUUUCCAGAAAUGCAUCCCAGAUCUCUUCUUAGCGCUUUGCUUCUUCACUGUGCUCCUCAGGGCUCUAAAUGAACACCCGCAAACCGGCCAAAUGCUGGUGACAAUUCAGUUUGGCUGGUAGAAAAGACAAACUUAAUGGCCACUUACAGGGAAGCCGACAGGGUGGGUACAAAGCUGUCACUUGUUCCGGGCCCAGGGAGAGAGGGGGCCCCAGAAUUGGAUCCUCAUUACAUGGUAUUGAUUGGGUUUGGGGCCCUUUCAGAUGUUUUUGUCCCGGGCCCAGCUGAAGCUAUCAGCAGCCCUGGCCACUUCUUAUACCCAUUAGUUAGUAGACUAUGUUGUUGGCAAAUAGGAUUAAGAUCGACUUGGCUAGUAGGAUUAACAUCUACUAGCCAUUUUGGCUGUUGAUGAAAAAGGUUAAUUUAGAACCCUGGUGCUCUUAUUACCGGCCUGCCGAUGCUGGUCAGAGUUAGUAUUAUGGGAUGGUCAGGACCAGGCUAGGUCAGAGUGCCUGCAGGAGUAAACAGACACGACUGAUGUGUGAAUAAAUGAGAUGAAGGUUAGUGUGUGAACGCUGAGUGGCAAAAUGACAAAUUCUCCCGUAGAAUUCCUAGUAUGCCUUUAUUUGCUUCCUCUUCCUCUUCCUCGCUAUACCACAAUUCAUGCUCUAUGAACAUGCAGUUGUUGGUUCGCUUGAUUUGCCUUCCAUUCAUCCAUGUGUGUGCUUGUGUUGCCCACACCAAAGAGGGACAGGCAGGAUAAUGUUGAAUUAUCUUGGAGAUUUACCGAAUUGAUUUGCAUUAGCUGUGAGUGACACAAUUAGUCUAUAACUUGUUGUUUACAUGGCCACACAAUAUAGCUGAGCAGUGAGUUGCCUAACCAAGACCGUAGGUCGUGGGAAAACCAUACAGUCAACAGUUUAGCAAUAUAUAAAGACUUGCGAAAGAGCUAGGUCCGGGCCUAUCUUUGUAGUUGUAUCUGUCAUUUUCACAGCUUGUCAAACAAGUGGACAUGUACAUUAUGAUAUGUUAUCUAAUCUAACCAUGAAAAUUGUGACUAUUGUUUUCCACUUUACUACCAGAUCAGUGUUGUUUUGCUAACACAUGCGUAUUGACCACCACACCAGGCCGUCCAGUGAUGUGAUCGCCAUGAGAAUGUUUGUAAUGUUUUAAGAGUUAUUGCUCAAAAUCCAGUCUUGUGCCUGUACUUGGAUCAGUU